AAGAAGAACGAAGUUGUGUGCCAAUAAUUGGUGAUAUGGAGGGAAAAAAGUUAGGCACGAUUCUGAUCACCAACGACGACGGCAUAGAUGCUCCUGGCUUACGAGCACUGGUUCAGUCUCUCGUUUCCUCCAAUCUCUUCAACAUUCAAGUAUGCGCUCCCGAUAGCGAGAAAUCAGCUGUUAGUCACAGCAUCACAUGGCUCCAACCAAUAGCCGUUAAGCAAGUGAACAUCGGCGGAACCACCGCAUUUGCGGUUUCUGGGACGCCCGCUGAUUGUGCUUCUCUAGGGAUUUCCAAAGCUCUCUUUCCCACAGUACCCGAUUUGGUAGUCAGUGGCAUAAACAAGGGUAGCAACUGCGGUUAUCACAUUGUUUACUCGGGCACUGUAGCUGGAGCCCGAGAGGCCUUCUUCAAUGAUGUACCCUCCAUCUCCAUUUCAUAUAACUGGAUUAAAGGAAAGAGUACUCUAAAUGAUUUUAUCCUUGCUGCACAAGUAUGCCUACCUAUCAUAAGUGCUGUACUGGUUGAGACAAAGAACCCAAGUUACCCCAGAAAAUGUUUUUUGAAUGUAGAUGUGCCUAACGAUGUUGCUAACCAUAAGGGUUACAAGCUAACUAAACAGGGUAAAAGUAUCAUCAAGAUGGGAUGGAGACAAGUCACCUCUGAGACAGAAGGACAAAAAAUGUCCUCUGAUAUGACCAAUACAGAUGCAGAAACACCAAAGCAUUUUGACCCAUCAUCUAUAUCACCCGAACAUCUUUUGUUUGCAAGAGAGGUGAGAGGUUCCGUAAUUGAUGACGAUCAUACAGACUACAGACAUUUGCUGGAAGGAUAUAUCACUGUUACUCCUCUUGCUGCUCUCUCUCAUGUCGAGGUAGAUUGUCAGGCCUACUUUAAGAAUUGGUUACAAAGUGUCCCUGAACUCUCCUCUUCAUCAUCUUUAUAACGCUUUUAGCACAACUUGUCAUGCGAUCAAUUAUAGCACUCCUUUUUCACAGGCCGUAACUUGUGAACGCUUUCCAUUUGCUGAUUACUCUGGUUCACUGCAAGUGUUCACCUCAACAUGUUACUAAAUCAAUUGUUUUGAUCCUGAGCAAUUUGGUUGCUUCGGUAGGCAAUAUAGACAUUUCUAUAGUGUUGUGUAAUGAGAGAUUCAUUUCUAUAAUCUACUAAGUAAUAACAAGUCACUCAUUUUUAGACUAAUAUAAUUGCAAGUAUUCUUGUUCCGUCUUUA